UGGCACCCCCGCCUGCGCAGUGGCCCUCCCCUUACAACAUGGCCACAGAGUCCAUCAUGGAGGAGUGUGUCCCUUCGCCCGGCACUCCCGACUCCAGGAAGCGACCCCUAGACAUCGACUCCGACGAUGCAAUGUCUAAGCGAUCACAUUAUAUACCAGAUUUCUCAUCCUUUUCAGACAUGCAGAGCGAUGGGACAUACCACCUCAAGAUCCUGGUGCCCAGCGUGGCUGCUGGUGCCAUUAUUGGUAAAGGAGGAGAAACCAUUGCACAGCUGCAAAAGGAUACUACUGCCAGGGUGAAGAUGUCCAAGGCCAAUGAUUUUUAUCCAGGCACAUCUGAGCGAGUGUGUCUCAUCACUGGCAAUGUGGAUGCCAUCUGCACUGUGCUGUCAUUCAUCAUGGAAAAAAUCAAAGAAAAACCAGACCCAAAUGCCAAGCCAGCCAUUGAUUUUGAUAACAAGAUGACUGCUGAGAGAGAGAAGCAGAUUUCAAGAAGUGCUCAUUCCCUGCAGGUGAAGAUUUUGGUCCCCAAUAGCACUGCAGGCAUGAUCAUUGGUAAGGGUGGCACUUACAUCAAGCAGAUCAAAGAAGAAAGUGGAGCCUAUGUUCAAAUCUCUCAAAAGGCCAAAGAUCAAUCAUUGGCGGAACGUUGUAUUACUGUCAUCUCAAAUGAUGUAGAAAAUAGCAAGAGUGCCUGCUUGAUGAUCCUGGCCAAGAUAGUUGAGGACCCUCAAAGCGGCACCUGCCUCAACGUGAGCUAUGCUGACAUUACUGGUCCCGUGGCCAACCCCAACCCCACCGGCUCUCCCUUUGCCAACUCUCCAGGCGGCCAGAACAUGCAGAACGGAAGCUUGGGGUCAAUGAAUAAUCCACUCUCAGCAGUGAGUGGAUUAGGAAAUCUCCUAGGCGGAGGAGUAAACCUCACACUAAACUUAAGCUCUGCAUACCCUAAUGGUGGGGCUGGAAAUCCUGUGGUCACUGCCCAGUUGCUGGAACAUGUGAGGUCCAUUCUUCGUAGUUCUGGAUUUGCUGACCAGUCUAAUGCUGAGGUGUGCCAGGCCAUCAACACACUUAUCAACUAUGGCAUUAUUGGGCUGGGUCUGGGACUAGGCAACCCAUCUGGACACCAGGGUGGACAUGGUGGUCAGGGAGGCCAAGGCCAAGGCAGCAUGGGAAAUAACCCAAUGCUACCCAACAUGAACAAUUCAAACAAUCCAAAUGACUCUUACCAUGGCUCCUCAAUGAGCAAUGGCAAUAAUGGCCCUUUUGGGCCCAUAGGCACCACAGUAGCUUCAGGCCUUAACUUGGGACAGGGUUUGGGAGGACCUACUUCCCCUCAACGCCAAGUGGAUCGUUUCAGCUCUGAGCCCCCUUUUGAUCCAUUCCGUCGGCAGUCUACAGAAAUGGGUGGGAGUCUGCCCCUGAACAGCAACUCCUUUGGACUUGGCACUCCACUGAGGAAGAGUCCUUCCCCUGGAGAACUUCCUCCAGGAGCACCAGAUGGUAGCAAGAAGGUGGAGGUGGAGGUUGGGGAGCACAUUGUUGGCGCCAUCCUGGGUCCUGGAGGAAAGUCUCUGGUGGAGAUCCAGCAUAUCUCCGGCACAACUAUUCAGAUCUCCAAGAAGGGUAACUAUGCUCCUGGUACUCGUAACCGCAUUGUCACCAUCACAGGUCUACCUUCAGGCAUCUCAACAGCGCAGUUUCUCAUUGAACAACGCAUCUCAGAGGAAGAGGGGAAACGUGCUCGCCAAAAUGCCAUCAUGGGGGUCAUGCCUUAAAACAUCUGCUCAUAUCCAUCUCACACAUUACUGAUACUACCCAUUCAAGGGCUUCAAAAUACUUGUGCACACCAUUACAUCUCUCCCCUUGAAUUUCUGUGACUAAUGUUGAUGUUUAAGUAUUUUAUAUAAACAUAAGUCAUUUCAAACUCUGUCAUCUUAUCAUAAUUCACAGGUGCUUUUCAGUGUUCAGUGUGGGGAUCAACAUCACACCUUACUUUCUGUGUUAUUCCAUCAGACAUCCCUCCCCCAUUCUCUCUCUCUCUCGUCCUCUCCUGCUCCUCCCUUUCUCCUUUACUGACAAGCACCUUACUUCCCAGUUUAGGUCACAGUAGCUCACUGUUCAUAGCAUCAAAAUUUUGUGUUCAAAUUUCACCUAAUUCAUGAAGCACAUUCAUUACAGACUUCAUAAUUGGCCAAACUCUACUCCUUAGAUUUCCCCAGUCACCAACUACAGUUGUUUAGAAGACUCAUAUUUUGUUUAGGAGCAACUGUAAGUAUUCUUCAUUGUUCAGAUGGUUAAUUACUCAUUUGUUCGACAUAGCAUUUUGUUUAGUUUUAUUAAUUUCCUUCAGUGUGUAAUGGUUCCUGGUAAAGUGAACCUUAAGUGGGUGUUGUCUGGGGCUGCAGCAUCCCUCACAGGUAGAGGACAGGCUUUUCUACAGCUGCCCCUCUUCUCGUGCUAUUAGCCAGAUUUUCAUAACCAGAUCUGCAUCUGUGUGCUGCUCCGUUGUUUUUAUGUAUCAGAUGUUUGAUUUAAGUGAAGGGCUUACUCUACAUAGGAAAUAUUGUUUUUUCUGUAUAAUUUUAAAGUAAUUAAGACAUUGCAAAGCUUAGUUUAAUAUAUACAUCGUAUAAAUAUGUAUAUAUAUAUAGUAAGCAGAUCUGGCCAUGAACAUUUCAUAUACAUCUCUCUUCUCUUCAGUCAGAGAACAUCCUACAUGUUUAUUCAUAUCAGUAGAUAUGAAUGUUUGGCAUCUUUGACUCAUGUUGAGUUUUUAUAUGCUGCUGCUGUCAGGAUAUCUGCUUAGACAACUUUACUGGGGAAGUCGCAUUUAAUAAGGAAACUGUGAGGUUCUAAUUCUGAAGUAAGUAACAUUUCAUGUCCCUCUUGGAGAGAUUACUGUAGGUGGGUGGGCAGUAUCUUAUAUAAAUAAUAACAAGGGAAUGGCAGUCACAGUCUUAAAGAGCUGUGCAUAUGAUCAUAGUGAAGACCCUAUUUUGGGCUAGUUAACACAUUUUCAUUAAUGAGCAUAUUGUAUGCAGAUAGUUUUCCCUUGGUACAAAACUGAUAGUUAUUUUAAAGAGGUAGUUUUAAACGGAGGAAAUUUCAGCGAUAGUUAAAUUUUCAUUCAUAAUGCCCCGAAGUUUAGAAUCUAAAUUUCCAAGUGUCUCAACCAGGGGAUAGGCAGAAACAGUCAUACAUCUUUCUUCAUUAAAUAUCAUUGCUCUAUAAACAUGUAAAAAUUGGCAAUAAAUGUGUAUCCAUCAGUG